CCGUCGCCUCCCUCUUUUCCUGUAUUUCUGCCAGAGAAAAGAAAGAAAUCACACCUCCCAUCCAUCUCAGGGCGGCGGCGUGCGCGAGUUCGUCUCCUGCGGCUCUCCCCAUGGCGGAGUACGACGAGCAGGGCAUGGCCAUCGCGGCCGCCGAGAUACUUCUCAGCCUCCGGACCAGGAAGCUGGCCCGGUGGCCGGAGUGGGUUCCCCGGCCGUCCAACGACCUUGCCCCGGCGGCGGCGGAUCUCCAGCGGCCGGAGGAUGCGGAGGACGAGCUUCCGCCGAUUCCGGAGCGAUGGCCGAAGCGGCCGCGGUUGUCGCCCCGUGCGGUGGCGAAAGGAACCGCGUGGCUGGUGUCGUGGGAGAGUCCCUUUGCGCGGCUGGGUGAGCCUGUUCUCGCCAGAUCCGGCGCGUGCUCCAGCGGGGAGGAAAGGGCGCGGUCGCACCCGCGCGUCACGAAGGCGAAGCGCGCGCCUUUGGCGGCGCGGAGGCCGGAGACGCCGCCGUACUACGUCUCGGCCACCGGAUCCGGCCCUUCCACGAGCGGCAUGGACCGUGCGCGGUCGCGGCGGCGGCCGCGCGUGAGCGAGAAGGCGCAGGCAACGGCGGCCGCGUGGACGGACGGCGCCAUGGACCGUGCGCGGUCGCGGCGGCGGCCGCGCGUGAGCGAGAAGGCGCAGGCAACGGCGGCCGCGUGGACGGACGGCGCCAUGGCGGCAUCGAGCCCGGAGACGCCCUUCGACUACGCCAACGCCGCUGGAUCAGGGGCGUCCUCGAGCGGGGACGAGGUGGCGCGGUCGACGGCGAAGCGCAAGGCGCAGGGGCCGGGCGGAUCCGGAGUGCCUUCCAGCGGCGACGAGGGGUGCAGCUCGCCGGCGAAGCGCGCGCGGGCGGACGUCUCCAUCGCCGGCGCCGUGCAACCCGCGCCAGGCGCGGUUAAACUUGAGGAUCAAAAGACCGAGAACAAUUACCGGGACGAGAAGGGCCACUUGAUGUUUGACCUCAAUGAAGAUCCAGACAUGGCGGCGGAGUGGUAAGAGGCGAGGAGGAGCAGGAGAGGAUUUUGCUAACUAGUUGGUGUGCUCGGGCCAAAUCAACCCAGCUGCUCAUGUACAUAAAGGGCAAGCCAGUAGAAGAAGAGGGUGGAUUAAGGUUAAGCUGAGAUCGGAGGGGGCUUAGAGGGUAUACUCGAUCAUUAGAUUUAUAUCAGGGUUAACUUAGUCUGCUCUGUUCUGUUGGACGUACUGCAUGCGCCGGUGCGCUUCUGGCUCGCUUGCUCAAUGCCGUGUACUGCAGUCCCUGUUAUUUUCAUCUUUGUUUAUCCUGUUUAUUAUCUGGAUCAACUGAUACGGUGCAUGAAUUGAAACAAUAAUAUAUAGUUCAUUAGA